UUCUUAAAUAUUUCAGUUUCAAACGAUUUUAGGUCGUUUGUUCACUAAUUUAUUCAAUUUAUGCAGAAUUUUAAAGUUGUUUGGAACAUUGUGUAUAACCCUAGCUACUUUAUGUGCUGCAGUUAACAAGAACUUGUUAAAUAUGAAGUUAAAUAAGCACGAAGAAUCAAAUCUUAAAAGGUUACAAUCGUUGAAAAAACGAAUCGAAAACGAAAAAAAAGCGAAAGAAAUAAUUCAGCUUUCAUUAAAGAAUAAACCAGUUGAGCUAAACAAGUCACAUCUAAAGUUUGACAGUGAAAGUGAUGACGAAAUAACCAACAAUCAUGAAAAUAAAAAAACAAACGCAGAUAAUAUACUAGGGUUGGGUAGCGACGAGGAAAAUGAAGAUUUUGAGAUUAAACCUCAGUUUCAAGGCAAGCACGGACAGCGUUUGCUUGAAAUGCAGUCAAGAGUUGGAAUGGACUCUCGUUUUAAAAUUGACGAUCGGUUCGCCGUUGAUGACGAUGCAGAAAAUAUCGAGUUUGAAAAUGCUGAGUCAGAAUUACAAAAGAAUCUCUCUCUGCUGCACCAAGUGGUAGGUUCAAAAGCUCUAACCUCUUCCAAAAAGAAAACCAUUCAAUUCUCCGAUCCCGCAUCUAAAAGAUACGAUCCAAGUAAAACAGGACACUCACAUAUGGAGAUGCAGCCUACAAAAACAACCAAAGCAGAACGCAAAAAAAAGAAAAAGGCAGCAGAAGAAUUACCCAGUGUUACAAAAGACCGGUUUUAUAAAAUUAACCCGAACGAUUUAAAACAAGCAUUUGGAAAAUCUGAGCAAACAGAAAAUACUGACCAGGAAGAAACAGAAAUAGAAAACAACUUCUCCUUACUUACAAUGUUGGGUCGCGACCCCGAAAAUCAAAAUGGUGAUAGUGAUGUCAUAAUUGAUUCAGAUGAUGAUGUCAUAAACGUACCAAAUAAUGGUGAAAAUUAUAAAGGAUACGAAAAAAUUGAAGAAAAAACAAAGAAAACCAACAAAUUUGCAACUAAAGUAUUUAAACACGAUAGUAGUGACAGCGAAAAUGAAAUGGAAAUCGGGGACCACAUACCUGAUGAAAAACUAGGCUUGGAAACCGAAGAAGAAAAAUUUUCAUUUUUUCUGCUGUCAAAAUUAGACCCAAGAGUUACAGAUGGACCUCUAUUGUUUUGUAAUAAUAAACAAAGUGACCAAAUAAGGAAAGAAUGGGUUCAAGCAAAGGACAAACUGAAAUUGGACUACAAGAAGAAACACAGAGACGCAGUUCGUAUUCUAAAGAAAGAACGACGUUAUCAACAUCUUGAAGAUUGAAACUUUUCAAAACACAUUCAAGAUGUUAUCGUCGGACGGAAAAAAGGUUAUUCAGAGUGCUUAUGAUGUCAUUAAUGACAUCAGAGGAUCUCUAAUGACGUCAUCAUUUUUUGCGGAAAACUUAAGUGACAUUUUCAAAUCGUGAUGUCAUAAUGGUGUCAGAGAGAACCUCUGAUGUCAUAAUGACUUUUUGGGUGAAUUUUAUAGCGGCAGUUUUCUGGAAUUUUUAUGAUUUCUUAAAAAAAUUUGAGCAAUAUACUGAUUUUGUUCAUUUUUUUCUAUAUGGGUAAGGCUUUACAAUAUAGCACUUUAAGGAUUUGAAGUUCAGUGCAUCUUAAUGACUUUUUCUUAAUGUUUUUGAACAAUAUACAAAUUAAGCCCAAUUUACUCUA